CCAAGCCGGAUGUUGACGACGUCAUCACUAUGCGAAGAUAUUUGAGUCUCUCAAAAGACAUGUCCGUGUCAAACUCUGAUCAUGGAUAUUCAUCGAUUCAUAAAACACGGAACCCAACAGAAAGAAGACCAUGGCAUUGUUAAAGAGAGCUAACUAGGUAGUGAAGAGAACUAAAAAGAAGCCUCUUGCAUUGGAAGUUUGAUUCCACACAAUGUACAUAUGGCUGCCGUUAUGAGGAUCCCAAAGCUAGCCUUUAUCUUUAUUUUUGUGGUCUGCCUGGUGGUCUACCUCACCUACGUCAAACGUCAUUACGAUGACUCGAAAUCAUCAGUAUCUGACCACCUGCUCCAGUAUACGAAUGAUCCUCAUCAACAUUCAUCCUCAGCACAGGUGGUCAGUGAAAACUUCCAGUAUGGAAUAAUGUUUGAUGCUGGAAGCACUGGAACCAGAAUUCAUGUCUUCCAAUUCCAGGUGGAGCCAAACGAAGCCCCUAAAUUAGCCCAUGAGACAUUUCAAGCAAUUAAACCUGGACUAUCUGCAUAUGCUGAUGAUCCAGAAAAGAGUAAAGCGGGGCUGUUGGAAUUGUUGAAGGUGGCCAAAGACACAGUGCCUGAAUCAAUGUGGAGUUCAACGCCUCUGAUGCUCAGAGCCACAGCCGGGCUCAGACUGUUGCCUGGUGAGAAGGCCACCAUCCUGCUGGACAAGGUGAAGGAGGUCUUUAGCGAAUCUUUAUUCCUCUAUAGUCCAGACAGCGUGUCAAUCAUGGAUGGUACAGAUGAAGGCAUGUCUGCUUGGAUUACCAUUAACGUUUUAAUAGGGAGUCUUCAUGGUUCAGAUACACCAACAGUAGGCAUGCUGGAUUUAGGUGGAGGCUCAACCCAGAUCACGUUUGCUCUAAGGGAUGAAAAAACCAUUCAGACCUCACCUAUUGAUUACGUGACAUCGUUUCAGAUGUUCAACAUCAGUCACGCCCUCUACUCACACAGUUACCUUGGUCUGGGGUUGAUGUCAGCCAGACUUGCAGUGUUGGGAGGGAGCGAGGGACAGCCUUUAGAGGGAACACAUGAGUUGGUGAGUCCAUGUCUGGCCCCAGAUUAUUCUGGACAAUGGGAGCAUGCUGAAGUAAUAUACACAGUUAAAGGGCAAAAAGCAGGAGAGCCCAUUUAUGAGUCAUGCUUAAGAAAAGUGGAGAAGAUGAUUUACAAACAAGUGAGAAAAGCAGAGGAAGUUAAAGACAUUGACUUCUACGCAUUCUCAUACUAUUAUGACAGAGCUGUGGAUCUAGGCCUCAUUGAGGAAAGCACCGGUGGGACUGUGAGAGUGGAGAAAUACAUUGAAGGUGCUAAAACAGUCUGCAAUAAUAUGUCAGCCGGGGAAAUACAGGAGAAUCCAUUUCUGUGUUUGGAUCUGACCUACAUCUCGGUCCUUCUCCAGGAUCUCGGCUUUCCUCCUGAUAAAGAGCUAAAGUUGGCAAGAAAGAUAAAUGACGUAGAGACAAGCUGGGCUCUUGGGGCCACUUUCCAUUGCAUUGAGUCAAUUCGUAAUCAAGGAAGGUGUUGAAAGCAGACACUCCUGAAGUUUGUACUACUCCAGUAAACCCAGUAAAGCACUGACAGUUU